ACAAGCUGCGACCCUUUGGCUGCCCGGUGGGCGGCUGCGGCAAGAAGUUCACCACAGUGUACAACCUCAAGGCGCACAUGAAGGGCCACGAGCAGGAGAGCCUGUUCAAGUGCGAAGUGUGCGCCGAGCGCUUCCCUACACACGCCAAGCUCAACUCCCACCAGCGCAGCCACUUCGAGCCCGAGCGCCCCUACAAGUGUGAUUUCCCAGGCUGUGAGAAGACGUUCAUCACAGUGAGUGCCCUAUUUUCCCAUAAUCGAGCCCACUUCAGAGAACAAGAGCUCUUUUCCUGCUCCUUUCCUGGAUGCAAUAAACAAUAUGACAAAGCCUGUCGGCUGAAAAUUCACCUUCGAAGUCAUACAGGUGAAAGACCAUUUAUUUGUGACUCAGACAGUUGUGGCUGGACCUUCACUAGUAUGUCCAAACUUCUAAGGCACAAAAGGAAACAUGAUGAUGACCGGAGGUUCACCUGCCCUGUGGAAGGCUGUGGCAAGUCAUUCACUAGAGCAGAGCAUCUGAAGGGCCACAGUAUCACUCACCUGGGGACCAAGCCAUUCGAGUGUCCUGUAGAAGGAUGCUGUGCCAGGUUCUCAGCUCGAAGCAGUCUGUACAUUCAUUCUAAGAAACACCUGCAAGACGUGGGUGCUCCGAAAAGCCGCUGCCCAGUAUCCAGUUGUAACCGGCUCUUCACCUCGAAGCACAGCAUGAAGGCACACAUGGUGCGACAGCACAGCCGACAUCAAGAUCUUGUACCUCAUCUGGAAGCUCCAAGUUCUCUCACACCCAGCAGUGAACUGAGUAGCCCGGGCCAAAGUGAGCUCACCAACAUAGAUCUAGCAGCUCUUUUCUCUGACACACCUGCUAACAGUGGCAAUUCAGCACCUGGGUCGGAUGAAGCCUUGAACUCUGGGAUCCUUACCAUUGAUGUCACUUCUGUGAGCUCCUCUCUGGGAGGGAAUCUCCCUUCUAAUAAUAACUCCCUAGGGCCCAUGGACCCCCUCGUUCUCGUGGCCCACAGUGAUAUGCCUCCAAGUUUGGACAGUCCUCUUGUUCUUGGGACAUCAGCCACAGUUCUCCAGCCAGGCAGCUUCAGUACAGAUGAUUCUCAGGCCAUGAGCACAGGAGCAGUAGGCUGUCUGGUAGCUCUGCCUGUGAGGAACUUGGGUCAAGACCCACCAGCUUUGACUCCCAGCAGUAACUUGGCAGCUCCUGACGCCGCACCAACCUCUUCAGGCACUGCCCAAGAGACUGCCAGAGUCCCAGAUCUGCUGGUUCCAAUAAAGGUGGAACAAGACUUGCCUCCUGUCCCAGAUGUGGUCCAGGGGCAGGAAGAAAGUCACAGGCCAUCCCAGUCUAUGCUGUCCAGCUCUGCAGAGAAGCCAGGGGCUCACAAGGACUCAGAGUUCAGUGCUGGCACCGGCAGCCUCUACUUGGAAAGUGGGGGCUCAGCAAGAACUGAUUACCGAGCCAUUCAACUAGUCAAGAAAAAAAAGCAGAAAGGAACUGGGAGCGAUGAAGCCGACAGUUAACCGAUUCUCCAGAGAGCCCUGGUUCCUUUACUAGAGACUGGUAUUUACAACCAGGAUGUGGAUCCAAGACUGUGCUGGCUGCUGGUGAGCUGUAUACACUAGGUUCUUAAUGGCCAGUGCUAGGAAAUAUUUAUAAAUAUCAUGUUAGUCAAUCUGAGCUGUGUUCUCUAUGCAGAAUGUUAUAGGGUUGUUUUGUUUUGUUUUUGAGGGUAUGUAUGUAGUAUUUCACACUCCUUGUUACUACAUUGGUGUUUAUCAGUGAAACAUUCCUCUACAUGGGAUCAGCUCAGAAUAAGUGGCUUCACAUCAGGUAGGUUUUGCUAUUAUUGUGGCACCAAGUCUGAGGGGGAAAUUUAGGUUUCUUGGGUGUCUGCAUUUUGACAUUGUGAUCAGAGAUUAUGAAUUGUAUUUAAGUCUGAGCACAGAGUCCCAGUGUAACUGCACUGUUGUGGAGUCCAGGCUUUAACAAACAGAAAGACAUUGUUACUGUAAAUGUUAGGCCCACACUUCAUGUACACUCUCAGAAAGUAUGUGGUCUAAAAUCCAAGGCUUUGUUCCCAGUGUGCUGCUGUUCAGAGUAUAUACAAGAGCACUGUCAGAAUCUUCAGCUCAGAUGUUGAGCUGCUCCUAACAGAAUCGCCAAUGUAAGAAUUCUCAGUGUGAGAAUAUCUUUGGAGAGGGAAGGUCAUUACUAGAAAUUGAACUUAGGUCAUUGCACAUAGUAAGCAGUGAGCAGUGACUCUAAGGGCAGGGAAAGGAAAGAAAGCAUGGUGCUAAUUAGAAGGAAUAGUAAACAACAAGGCACGUGUAAUCAAAACCCAGGGGCAUCUGUGUCACCAUGAAAACAUAAACAACUCUUAAGUGCAGUGCCAGGAGACAAAGAUUGAAUACGUCUAAGCAAAGUACACCCUUAUCGAAAUGUAUGGAAGGCAAGAGUGACUGAAACAAGCUCCAAAGCAAGGAGAGGUUGUUGUCCAUGUGUGGUCCACAGCAGAGCUAAAGAACAUUUAUUGUGAAAGCUUAGAUAUCUUAAGUAGUAUAAGAUGAAAUCUGAUAGAAACCUAGUGGAGAGCAUGAGUAAAGGCUCAGAAGUAUUGAAAAUGACUCACUUAGUUUGUUUGCUACAGACUGAAUGGAAACAGUGAAGCUGUGAAGGAGGUUUUAUUCAUGGGAUUAAUGAAGUUAAUUUACUAGAUUCUAGCCCAUAUCUAGUGUUUGUAGAAAUAAUACAAGGAAUGAGAAAUGAAGAAAAUACAACUUAUUUCUUCAUAGGGAAAGUUUUCUAACCAUUUGUAUAAAUCACAGAGUAAAAUUCAUUUGGAAGCCAAAAUAAAGCCUGCUGAGCUGGGUAGCAGAAGGGAGGGGGAAAAAUUGCCUAAUUGCAUUAAAAAAGGAUAGCCGUGGAGUUUCUAGUUUGAACCCUUGAACAGUAGCAGCACUUGAUUGGGGUCUCUUGUGGAGAUUAAACUACAGCCAUAGGGCACUUGGAGUAUAAGCUAAUGAUGACUUGCUGCAUGUGAACCAGGGAUGUGGCUGAAAGAUAAAUACAGAUGUAUGUACAGCAGCCUCCUCUUAAGAAUAGAAAGCACAAGAUGAAAAACAAGCACAUAACAGCUAGUCCUGUGUAACAUCUGUUCAGGUUGGAACUUUUGGCUUGGGUGGAACAAAGCAUAUUCUUAAAUGUGCACAGCUAUUUAGGCCUUCAGUUUCCAUUUCUGAGGCACUUGAACCAAGGAAAAACAUCGAAAGAAAGUUGCACCAUCAGUGGAAACAGAAAUAAACAUGUCACAUACACUGUAGUCAUAUAGUACGUGCAAUAGCACACCAUUCUAAAAGACAAAUGUGAGCACUGUAACAUGGAAAAAUUAUAUGUGUCAGUCUAUUGUGCAGUUUUCUACAUACCUUACUCUACCUAGGGUAUGGACAGCAAGGACUGUCACCACACAGAAUGGCCAUAGAAGCUUCCUUAAAAAUAAUAGAUAAAAUGUUCUGACCAGCAUCCUGAGCAUCUUGUAUUGACUAUAUUCUGACUAAACAGGGUCAGAAACUACCUAAUGGUAGAUCUGUUAAUGAGUCACUCAUAAUCAGAGGCCAGUGAAGAGUCCUACUGUUUUCUCAAUAGGUAUGUGUGUGCAAGGCUAGAGGAGGGAACAUCAGCUCUCCCACACUUAUCACUCCCUUGUUUCCUGAGACAGAGCCUUUUAGAGCUAGCCCUCUGUCUUUUAGCUAGGCCCAGCAAUUCUGUUUCUGUGCCUUCCCCUCCUUCCAUUUCUGGGGUUGUAGGCAUGCUCAGCCAUACCCAGCUUAUUGAUGUUGUCUAUGGGGAUGCAAACUUGGACCCUGAUGCUAUAUAGCAAGCACUCCUAACCACUGAGCCAUCUCUCCAGCCCUCAACAGAUCUUAAGUUGCAUUUCUAUAAAAUUUAAUAGGCAUUCUGCUGAGUGUGGUGUCACACAUGCCAUAACCAGUACUCAAGUGGGGAUAAGGCUUCAAAGUUGUCCUCAUCUCCCUGGUGAGUUUGAGACCAGCAGCCAGCACCCACUCACUGCUGUGCUCCAAUGGCAUCCUACAGGUGUGCCCAGGUCAUUUAGAAAUCACUCCUAUUCCUAUUCUUGUCAUAGGUGUUCAUGUUCUUCUGGAGGGCCUUCCCUUGGAAAUAAGCCAAAAAUAGAACUAAGGUGGAUGCUUUGGAGUAGAUAUGGUAAUUUAUAGGUGACUUCACUAUUGGUUAAAAAGCCCAAGAGAUUCAGCUAAAAAAUUAGUAAAGGAGAUAUUUAGUGUCCAGUCAGUAAAGAAAUAUCUGCCCUCUGGAAUUCUCUAAAGGGCAGCAAUAGGCAGUGAGGAAAUGCGGUUACAGGAUCACGGCAGCUCCACAGGAGGAAAUUUCACAAGCAGGCAGGCAUUCUCCUACAUGGAGAAGACAACAGAAGUUAGCCAAAAGGCAGAAAAGGUUUACUCCCUGUUGGUGUGGCUUCUUCCCACCCAUACACCAGGGAAAGGUAAACAGUAGAUUCCCAGUCUAUUGAAUGGAAUGGAAGUACCUGAUGAACAAAGCCUGGGUAAAUCAAACAGUGAAAUUAAUGAACCAGGAAGGGAUCAGAGAAGGGCUGUAGUUCUCAAUAGGGGAGACAGGAAUGCAUCAGAAAAGAUAAAACCUGGAGAUGAGAAUGUACCACAGGGAUGGAAGCAGGUGGUUGGCAGUCUAGGAAGGGCCUGAGGCUGCAAUGUUGUUGGCCGGUCCAAGAAAAAGGCUGACCUCACUAGGGUGUAACAGGGCAAAGCGAGAACAGAGGCACUAAGGUGACCCAGCUGUUACUCCCUGUAAGCCAUGGUCACACCUCUGGUCUUCACUGAGAGUGGAAAACAGAGGGUCAUUAGAAAAGGGACAUGAUAUCUUUUGUUGUUGUUGGUUUUUGUUUUGUUUUGUUUUGUUUUUGAGAGAGGGUUUCUCUGUGGCUUUGGAGGCUGUCCUGGAACUAGCUCUUGUAGACCAGGCUGGUCUCGAACUCACAGAGCUCCACCUGCCUCUGCUUCCCGAUUAAAGACGUGAGCCACCAAUGCCCGUCUGGGACAUGAUAUCUUAAAAGGCCAUUCCACCUGUUCUUUUGACAACAAACUGACAUAUGUCAUGAAUGGGAGGAAACAAAAACAGCUAGGGACUUCUGUGGCCAUCCAGCUGAAGCAAGAGUGGCUGGGGUCAGUGGUAUCCAAAUAGUGAGAGGGAUUUGGGCCCCGCCUUGAAGUAGGGACCCUUAGAACUGGGUGUGAUGAAAAGGAGUGUUACAGGCCCAACACUUAGCCCCGAAGGUAGUGACACUAUUUCACUUGACAGUACAAGAAGGCUUGAAGACAGAAUGAACCCCCAAGUAAGAAUGCUCAAGAAAGCAAGGGAAAUGUCUAGAGACUACACUGUAGAUUUUCAAGCCUGUCACAUGUCUACCACAGUAGCCCAGCAGGGAAAGAAUGCUGGUGUAUCAUGGGCAGAGUCAUAAACCAGAGCAUAGGACAUAGAAACAGCUAGGGCCUGGUCCAUUCUUACAUGUAGCAGAGGUGACCCUGUGUACUUCUAACAAUUGAAUGCUGACCUUUGUGGAUUUCAAAUGGUUUAGGGCUUUUGAAAAACUAACCACAGCCAGCACUUAACUACACUGUGUUCUACCUGCUAUAGUAGAAGGACCCAUUUGGUCUCCACAGUCACCUUGGCAAGCUAGGCAGGGAGGCAGUUCUUCACAUGUUAUACAUGUGCUGGCAGGAGGCCAGGAACAGAGGCUUGGUAAAUACAUCUUGCAGCAGAUUUGACCAGAAGACACAUCUGAUGGGAACUGAAGGUGGUGAGGCAAAUGAGUACCACCAUGAGCAAGUGUUUGCAGAAGACUACCAGCAGCUGCAUCCAAGGAGGCCCUCUUGAAGAGGACCUAAUGUGUCUACAGGGUCAUUAGGCAAUGGUUCUGAGAGGAAAAAAAAUCAAAACUGGGUAAUGAUUCCAUGUGUAGCUGCACCUUACUGUUUAGCUUAUGAAGAUACCAGGAGCCCGUGUAAAGGAACCGUCUGCCAGCUACUGUUCUACCAGAAUUUUUGAUAGGAGAAUAUUUAUAACUCAAAUGUACGUCAACAAAGCUGUACACUUUGCGAAUGUUUUUGAUAAGUCAGUCUGUAAGAAACAGUGGGUGUGCGGAUAGACACGUUUGUGUAUAUACUUACAUAGAAGUUAGGUAAGACAUGUCCAUGCAUGGGUAGUCAUUUCCCCAACCCUGGGUGUAAAGAUUGUGAAUAUUU